AGGCAGAAUAUAACAGUUGUUACUAUUUAUGCUUCUCUCGGGGAGGAUGCCCUGAUCCACUCACUUAAUGAGACUCAAGUAUCCACCCUGAUCUGUGAAUCCAAGCAGUUGAAGAGGUUAGAUGCUAUAAGCUCAAAACUAAUGUUUAUCCAGAGUGUAAUUUACUUUGAAGAUGACGGCUCAUUGAAUAAUGAUACCUUUGGAGAUUUGAGCAAAUGGAAAAUUGCAUCUUUUGGUGAUGUUGAGAAACUUGGGAAAGAAGGUCCUGUUCCACCAAGCCUACCUUCCAAGGAAAAUAUUGGACUUGUCAUGUACACAAGUGGUAGUACAGGUCUUCCAAAGGGAGUCAUGAUUACUCAUGGAAAUGUUGUUGCUACUACAGCAGCUGUUAUACCAAUAAUUCCAAAUCUAGAUACAUCUAGUAAAAUUAAGAAAGGAACCAAAGGAGAUGCGACUGUGUUGAAGCCCACCCUUUUGAUUGCAGUACCAGCUAUUCUUAAUCGUAUCCGAGAUGGAGUUCUGAAAAAGGUUGAGGAAAAAGGAGGGCUUGUGAAGAAUCUUUUUUUGAUUGCUUACAAGCGUCGACUUGAUGCUUUAAAAGGAAGCUGGCUGGGAGCUUGGGGAUUGGAGAAACUGUUGUGGGACAUCAUUGUCUUCAAAAAUAUUCGCAUCUUGCUUGGGGGUGAAAUCCGGAUGAUUACUUGUGGUGGAGCCCCUCUAUCCGCAGAUACACAGCAGUUUAUUCAUAUCUGCAUGGGAGCUCCCAUUGGUCAAGCAUACGGCUUGACAGAAACAUUUGCUGGGGCUGCCUUCUCUGAGUUUGAUGACAACAUCGUUGGACGUAUUGGUCGUCCUCUUCCUUGUGGCUUUAUUAAGCUUGUUUCUUGGGAUGAAGGUGGAUAUAUGACAUCAGAUAAACCAAUGCCACGGGGAGAGGUUGUAAUUGGGGGGUUUAGUGUGACAACUGGCUACUUCAAGAGUCCUGAAAAAACUAAUGAGGUGUUUAAGGUUGAUGAGAAAGGAAUGCGCUGGUUUUAUACUGGUGAUAUCGGAAGGUUGCAUCCUGAUGGGUGUCUUGACAUUAUCGAUAGAAAAAAGGAUAUUGUCAAACUUCAACAUGGAGAAUAUAUCUCUCUUGGGAAGGUUGAGGCAGCACUGUCGACAUGUCGUUACGUGGAUAGUAUUAUGGUUUAUGCAGAUCCCUUCCGCGACUAUUGUGUGGCUCUCAUUGUUCCUUCACGUCAUACUUUGGAGAAAUGGGCCCACAAAGCUGGUGUUUCGUGCACAGAUUUUUCUGAGCUGUGUGAUGAUCCUGAAACUGUCUCUGAGGUUCAGCAGUCCCUUUCCAAGGCCGCAAAAGCUGCAAAACUGGGCAAAACUGAGAUUCCGGCGAAAUUUAAGCUACUGCCAGAUCCAUGGACGCCUGAAUCUGGGUUAGUCACUGCCGCGCUCAAGAUAAAGAGAGAACAGCUGAAAGCCAAAUUCAAAAAUGAGCUUCAAAAGUUGUAUUCCUGAAUGCUUUAUUUGUAUGCAUAAUAUAGGGUAAAGGGGUAAGAAGUCAUCAGAAGCAUCCAAUACCCUAAAGUGAAGAAAAGUGCACAAGUAUUUAUGAAGUUAUUUUUUUGAUGUUUCUGUGACCAGACCAUUAAAAGUCUAUGAGAUUGAACGGUUAUGUGAAUCUGCAGUUUUACAAUUUGGCCACAGAUGCACCAAAAAAAUAAGUUCAUAGAUAAUCAUGCACUUUGCCCCUUGCCCUUUAAUAUGAUGUUUGAUUUUGUUUUAUAAUUUAUCAACCUCACAACCUUUGAUGCUCCAUAAUCACUUAUUUACACUAUUUAUGUCAUAAUGAUUGUAAUA